GCCUUCCAGCUGCACGCGGGAACAUGCCGAGAACAUUCAUUCAUUCAUGCAUGCAUGCAUGCUUUUCCCCUUCCAUGUCACUUCAGGCCUUCAGUCAAGUAUCUUCAGUCUCGAGAGUUCACACAAAGUAAAGCGGCUCAGCCAUCAACAAGUAUAUAUUGAAGGAUGGGAGCUCGGGGCAAGACAGACAGACAGAUACAACAGUCGCAACAGAUCGAUCCGGCUACUGCAAGUCUGCAAGAAAUGGGAAACAGCAAGGUGUACGCGACGAUCGUGCUCAUCAGGCUGAUAUACGCGGGCAUGCACAUCCUCACCAAGGCGGCCUUCGAAGAGGGCACCAACACCACGGUCUUCGUCUUCUACAGGCACGCCGUCGCCGCCAUCUUCUUGGCGCCUUUCGCCGUCCUCGAGAUCAGGAAGCGGCCGCCGCCACCGCUGUCGUUCAGGCUCUCUGCCAAGAUCUUCGUCCAUGCCUUCUAUGGGAUGGCUGGAACGAUAAAUCUGUAUAGCAUUGGCCUGAACUACGCUUCGGCCACCUCUUCAUCGGCCAUCUUUAACAUCGUGCCGGUGGUUGCCUUCAUCUUGGCAGUCAUGUUCAGGAUGGAGACUCUGAAGUUGAAGAGCGUCCACGGCAUAUCCAAAGCCGUGGGGAUCCUCCUCUGCAUCGGAGGCGUGGUGGCGCUGGCGCUGUACCAAGGCCCGCAGCUCAAGUCCUUGAACCACCACCCGCUGCUGCUGAGCAGCGGCUCCGCCGUGCACGCGCAUCCCAAGAAGAACUGGGCGCUGGGGAUCUUCCUCAUGACCACAUCCGUCGUGAUAUGGGCUCUGUGGACAGUGCAGCAGGGGCCCCUGUUGCUGGAGUACCCGUCCAAGCUCCUCAACACCACGCUCCAGUGCACCUUCGCGAGCGUCCAGUCGUUCUUCAUCGCCCUCGCCAUGGAGAGGGACUUCUCUCGGUGGAAGCUCGCCGGCGGCGUGAGCCUCUUCUCGGUGCUCUUCACCGGCAUCGUCGUGGCGGCGAUCUCGUACUACCUGCAGAUCUGGGUGAUCGAGAAGAAAGGCCCUGUGUUCCUGUCCAUGUCGAUGCCGCUGAGCCUCGUCUUCACCAUGGUGAUCGCCUCCUUCCUCCUCGGGGAAGACGUCAGCCUAGGAAGCAUUAUCGGUGGCGCGCUGCUGGUCGCCGGUCUCUAUGCCGUGCUGUGGGGCAAGGGCAGGGAAGAGCGAGGCGUGGUGGGGAUGGACGGCAUCGGCGUCACUCUGCCGCAAAUCGACCAGCAAGGAAAUAGGAGAGCGGAGGAGGAAACAAAGGAGAGGGAGACGGCCGACGCGAUGGCCAAGGUUUGACGCGUUGGGCGAGGACGAUCUCUAGUGGAUCUCGAACUUCCUUCUGAUCUGUGCUGUACAGUACGACUGUGGGCUGUACGAGUGGUGCGCGCGAGUCGUGUGUUCCAUGCUCGUGUUUUAGGCCAUUUGGCGCUAAAAAGCCCAGGGCUGUCAUGUCGUGACAAAAGAAUGGCUGUUCUUCGGAGUUCAGUAUCGAUGUAUCAAUGUAUCAUGUACGCGCGUCAAAUUUCAGUCUAUCAACCAUCCAUUGGCUGAUUGGCCUGUAGACUUUUCAGAUUGUUUUUAGACUAUGUUCCACACGAAA